CCCACGUAUACCAUACGCAACGUUCCGCGUACCUUUAAGAACGCGGUGUUCGUGAAAGUUUCGUCCGUUAAUAAUUCAACAAUAUGUCGCGUCAAGAUUUCUUUUAAUGUGUACUUUGCUGUGAUUUUCUUAUUGGGGGGAAUUUAUAAGUGAAUUAUUUGUGUAAAAAGAUGGAUGGAUAAAUAGUUCUUUUUGGGCAACAGUUUCGAAAUUUCCACCCCUAAUGCCUGCACGAAGGGGGCUCUUGGCGCCCCAAAACACCUUUUUGGACACCAUAGCCACCAGAUUCGAUGGAACACACAGUAAUUUCGUGCUCGGAAAUGCCCAAGUUCCCUCGCUAUAUCCGAUCGUUUAUUGUUCGGACGGGUUUUGCGAGCUGACGGGGUUCACGAGGGCGCAAAUUAUGCAGAAAUCAUGCGCCUGUAAGUUUCUAUACGGGCCGGAAACGAAAGACGAGCACAAAUCCCGCAUAGACGAGGCCCUCGAGUCCAAGGAAGAACUGAAACUCGAGGUGAUAUUUUAUAAGAAAAACGGAACACCAUUUUGGUGCCUCCUAGACAUUGUGCCGAUCAAAAACGAAAAAAGGGAGGUGGUACUCUACUUGGCCUCCCACAAGGACAUCACCAACACAAAAAUGGCCGAAAUGGCCGAGUGCGAGCUCUACGACAGUGUUUUCCGUUACUCUCUGCUAUCCGCAGCGGCCGUGCUGGGGGCCCGUUUUCGGGGCUCCGCUGACUCUUGCCUGCUUGCAGAAAAAGCGAAUGGGGCCCUGGAUGAUCCGGAGGCGCCUCACGCGAAUUAUGGACGCAGGCGAUCCAGGGCGGUCCUCUAUCAGCUGAGCGGACAUUACAAACCCGAUAAGAUGAAGACCAAGUUGAGCAAGUUGAAUAAUAAUAUCCUAAGUUCGACCCCGCAGCCACUUCCGGAAUACAAGACGGCCUCCGUGAAAAAGAGCCGAUUCAUUAUCUCCCACUAUGGAGUGUUCAAAAGUGGCUGGGACUGGCUAAUUUUAAUAGCUACAUUUUAUGUAGCGGUGGUGGUGCCUUACAAUGCCAGUUUUUUAAGACCGGAAAGAGAGCGACCCUCUGUUAUCAUGGACGUUUUCGUCGAGGCGUUGUUUUUUAUUGACAUAAUACUAAACUUCCGGACGACGUUCGUUAAUAAAAAAGGAGAAGUAGUAUCCGACUGGAAAUCAAUUUCAACAAACUACUUAAAAAGCUGGUUCGUCGUGGACCUCCUCGCCGCCCUCCCUUUCGACCUCCUCUAUGCCCUUUAUGGAGAAGAGUCGGGCCCAACGCACACCCACCUAAUAAAACUCACCAGAUUAUUAAGAUUGCUUCGACUCCUUCAGAAAAUCGACAGGUACUCCCAGUACAGUGCUUUAAUACUGACCCUUUUGAUGCUCUCUUUCACCCUUGUGGCCCACUGGUUGGCCUGCAUUUGGUACGUUAUAGCCGAAGAAGAGGUUGAGACUGAUUUGGGUUGGUUAAGGGCUUUGGCAGAUAGACUGAAAAUAAACGACGUUGCCAACAUAUCGAACGCCAACGCUUACGUCACGGCGUUGUACUUCACCUGUUCCAGUUUGACCAGCGUGGGAUUUGGCAACGUCAGCGCCAACACCACGAACGAGAAGAUUUUCAGCAUUUGCGUCAUGCUUAUUGGGGCUUUGAUGCACGCAGUGGUUUUUGGUAACGUCACGGCGAUCAUUCAAAGAAUGUACUCCAGGAGAUCGCUCUACCACACAAAAUGGCGGGACCUCAAGGACUUUUUCACGUUACAUCAGAUCCCUAAGGAACUGAAGAAUCGGAUGCAGGAUUACUUUCAGACCAUGUGGUCCUUGAACCACGGAAUUGACAUACAUGAAACCCUAAAAGAGUUUCCGGAAGAGUUACGCGGUGACGUUUCGAUGCACCUGCACCGGGAAAUCUUGCAAUUGCCGAUUUUCGAGGCGGCCUCUCAGGGCUGCUUGAAACUGCUUUCGUUGCAUAUUAGGGCGAACUUUUGCGCCCCCGGUGAAUAUUUGAUUCAUAAAGGGGAUGCCUUGGGCUCGAUUUAUUACAUUUGUAACGGAUCUAUGGAGGUGGUGCAGGAUACCAUGGUAGUCGCCAUAUUAGGUAAAGGUGACUUAGUGGGCUCAGAUAUAAGUACCCACCUGCAGCACCACCAAUCCAACGGUACCACCGACGGUGGAGGAAACCGCGGAGGGGGCAACAUCGAUAUCGUCAUAAAAUCCAACAGUGACGUCAGAGCUCUUACCUAUUGCGACCUAAAGUGCAUAAACAUACAAGGGCUGGUGGAUGUUUUAAGACUUUACCCGGAAUAUCAGCAACAGUUUGCCAACGACAUACAGCACGACCUCACUUUUAACGUAAGAGAGGGUUACGAGGCAGAGCAAGAAUCUGAAGGUAAUGGAGUACCCUCACUCACCCUCCCGAGUAUAAGUGAAGACGACGAGAACCUACAGGAAGGUGAAGAAUCCCCGGGAUCACCAAACAAAUCACCGUUACACCAAAUUGCUACGACAACAACGACAACAACAACAGCAACUAGCAGUCCGAGGCACACCAAGUUCAAUCUAAGGUUGCAAGAGAUCCAGGAAAGUCCUCGAAGGACACGCCUCGGGGGCGUGGCCACUAAUCACUUGGCGAUGUUGCGGGAAAGGGUGGAGAGGCAACGGAGUGUCAUAAUGCCCACCCCGAAAUUUAGUUCUUAUGAGGAAUUGGUGCCGAAGGUGGAGAGUGAAGUUGUCCAACCCAAUAGCGAGCGGUUGGACAGUCAGAUAUCGUCGUUGCAUCAGGAUGUGGCUGCUUUAAGUGUUGAGGUUCGCAACGCAAUUCAGGCGCUCCAAGAAAUGGCGACUCCCUCCUCCGGUCACGGUCCCUCUACCAACUACUCCGCACACUCCAACCCGAACAUCACCGACCUCCAUCAUUCCUCCUCAAUUCUAGCAAGAAGCAACUCACACCCUCCAGAGAUAUUCGGUUGGGAGGGAGUGCCUCCCUCCCCAAAACCCUUCUUACCUCCACCGCCGGUAUUGAAAGACCAAGAAACCCAAACGAACGGCGAGGAGAUCCUGCGCACAUUCGUCAAGGAAAAUCCGAAAUUCAUUUUGGAAAUUCUCGGUUUGGACUCAGAGAAGGUGCUGAACAGGGUGAAUUUGAAAAAGAGUCACAGUAAUCCGGAUUAUACGUGCAAAAACGAGAGGUAUAACGAGAAAUGUAUUUUAAAUAGUGCGAAGCACGAGUGUAAUAUCGUGGUGGAUGAGGAGGAGAGCGAGGGUGAGCAAGAAAACACCCCCUUUUUGUGGAAUAAUAACGCGGGUAGGAGGGUGCAGAUAUUUGAGACUAUUGGGAGGAAUAAUCAGAGCGUGAUAAAGUAUAGGAGAAGUAUAGAUAGCUAAAUGGGGUGAGAUAAGUCAAUUUCUUCUUGUUACAUAUAUUGAUUAGUUUAAGCUUCCUUAUUUGUACAUAUCAUCAAAAAACAAAACAUAUUUUUAAUACUAUUGUAAAAAUUUUCUAAUGUAUGUGUAAAAUUGUAAAUAUACCAUAAGCAUAUCAUGUGAUCUACAAGGUAGUGCCUCUAUUGUGAUUCUAAUGUCGUCUUUUGAAAGGAUAUUCGUGAGUCUUCUAGAAUAGUUCCUAAGUAGUAGACAUAUUGUUGUUAACCUUUAUUUAAAACUAAUUUGCAUGUGAUAUAACUGUGUAAGAAUAUAUAUAGUGAACAUUAUUAGCUUAAAUAAGAAUCAAUUAAUAUGUAAAGACAACCCUUAUAGAUGUAAUUAAAAUACAUGCGUACAUUCCAAAUAAAUGUUUAGUUUUUUGUUAAAAAUUGUAAAUGUAAGGACAAUUUUCUCUCCAAGAAUAUCGCAUUAAAUUUCAUAUUUUUUUU